GGACCUGCUCCUACUCCAAUUCAAUACCCCUACAAUUCGUCAUGGCCGACACCGAAGAUGCUGGCGCAUCCGUUCCGGAGCCCUUGGAUCUUGUUCGUCUUUCCCUUGAUGAGGUCGUUUUUGUGAAGCUGCGCGGUGACCGUGAACUCAAGGGCCGCCUCCACGCCUACGACAGCCACUGCAACUUGGUCCUCGGAGAUGUGGAAGAGACAAUCUACGUGGUAGAAGAGGACGAUAACGAGGAGGAGACUGUGCGGACGAUUAAAAAGCAAGAAGAGAUGUUGUUCGUGCGAGGAGACUCCGUCGUCUUGAUCUCCCCCAGGCAUGAGCGACUCUUGAAUUGAUAGAACGGGCGUCCGGCGACUGGGCAUGCUAGGAGGAAGAACCUGAGAUACCACAAAAGGCAUAGAUAACGAUACCAUGGAAAUUGGUUUAUGAUCAUCGACUCUCCGGCGUAGACGAGAGAUGUACAGGCUGUGCCCUGUAGCCUUGAGCCUGGGCCACGAGAUUGAGUCUUAAACAGCCCCUAAAUGUUAGUAAAAGUAUUCC